UGAUUUUCAAACUGCGCUUCUGCGCCAUGCAGAAGUGCUGGGUAAUAACAUCUGAUGUGCUGUUGACCAUAUUGUAAUCAUUCGUCCUGAGAGUAACAUGUCUCCUGCCCCUGUUGCUGCAGACUCGCAGCAGGAUCUGCAGCUGCAGACUUUAGCCAGAGCUUUCGAAGCUCUUCUACUCACUAUCCAACAACUCGGGUGCAGGGAUCACCUCCUGCAGCAAAGGCUGGAAUAUGCCUCUGACGAGUACUUGAAACUAGCAAGUCAAUCGCCCAAUGGGCUAGACACCCAUACCAAGAUCAUUUCUGAAAAAAUCCGUGGCCGCUAUGCCGACUUUGAUAAUCCAUCCAAACCACCGUUGAGCCCCCCGGACGUAGUUAAGGCACUGGCGGAGUCUGGAAGCGUAGGAGAUCCCACACUCACCUCAAUAACGGAGGGCUUGGUAUGCUACAAAUCAGUAUUGCAUUCCAAGGGAGUCGAUCGACUUUCUGAUGAUCUCAACCCCUGCAUAGUUGCAACCAGAGCUGGUGUGUCUGACUCCUUGGAGAAAGAUUUCACUACCAAAGGCGUACGGGGUGGACUGCGCUGUCCCUUUGCAAAGCCAAACAAUAUAAACCCAUCUGAAAACGGAGUAUCCCAUGGCAUCGAGGAUCCCUUCGGUGCCGCCAAUGGAGACGCCUGUGGACAUGAACCAGAUCCGAUCAAAGCGGAACAGCAUGAUAGACGGUCCAGCCAGGCCCCCUCUGGAUCGGCGAAGUCGUCGACCACUCGAUGUCCCGUCGCUCGCUGCCCCAUCCGGUACUUGGACCAACAUAGCCCGGAAGAGGUGGCCGACUACGUCGAGAGACACAAGCAUGAGAUUCCCAGGAGCCAUGCCAUCUGCGUCCAACGGUAUCAGAAAGACUCGUCCAGUAUGCGGCACCUCGAUGCAAAGUAUGGUAGUCUUAUCAGUAUGAUUCGCGGGCUCUCUGUCAAGCACCAAGCAUACCUCCCGGAACGGACUCGAAGCGAAGCCGGAAACUCCAGUUCCUCCGCCGAGAGAGUGGAGAAGUGGGCAGAGGAGGUUGGCCUGAAACCACAGAUGCACCCUCCUAUCAAGGAGGAGGAGGAGGAGGAAGAUGGCGAGGAAGAAAGGAAGGGCCAUUUUGAUCGACCUCUGCGCGAGGUACGACUUGGAGAAUCCCCAAGCCGGCCCUGGGGGAUCCCUGUUCCCUUUCCCGAUCCCAACCUGCAGACUUCACCAGCAGACGCGGAUCACGAUUCAGACAGAUCCCGAGAUCAUGCCGACGCCAGAACAUCCUCCGCUGCACCGCUUCAAGAUCACCCUUCCACGAGACCUGCAGGCCGCUGUCCCUUUGGUCAUGGAGCCGCCGCAUCCGCACCCGAGAAACCGGACGAUACACCCGUUCCACCACUCCAAGAUAUCCCACCACAUCCAUAUCCAACGGCCUCAAAAGGUCAAUGUCCCUUUGGUCACGGAGCCGCUGCAUCCGCAUCCGAGAAACCAGACGAUAGACCCGUUACACCUCCCCAAGAUAUCCCACCGCAUCCAUAUCCAACAGCCCCAAAGGGUAAAUGUCCCAUGGGUCAUGGAGCUGCGCCCUCCCCCGACCAGUUAGAUCCUGAGACGGAGACCAUUCGCAACCAGGACAGGGCUCCCAAGCCAGCCGAUACUGUCGAGCAAGAGACAGGGAUACCGAUAGAUGGGGGUCCGGAUAGGAUCGGGGCAAAUAUUAUAUUCAACGGACCUGUGUUUUUCGGAUUCUCCCCUGAGCAGACUGCAUCCUUCUUGCAGCAAUUGGGAAGCUUGGGAAACGGAAGAAGCACAUAGGGUUUUAGCUGUCUUAAUGGCUGAUGGAGCGGCGCUGAAUGUUUAUAUGCCGACAUAUCUAUUCUGUACAAAUCAUAUAAUGAUACCAUGACUGAGAAUUCAUCUUAA